GCCGUCCCCUCCGACAACAAGCGCGCUGCGUCAUCGACCUGUGGGGAGACUCUUUAAAAACCUUCAUUGUGCCGAAGUGAACCAAACUCACCUCAGCCACGGUUCUCUCUCUCCCCCCUCCUCCUCCCCUCCCUCUCUCUCUCUAAGCAGCCGUAUACCUGACGCCGGUCUCCUGAUUCUAUUCGUUCCUUUUCGUGCGCACCGGUCCAGCGCGUUGCGGUUCCAAAGUUGUACACUCGGUUUUUUUUAAAUUAAAUUUUCUUUCUUGAUUUUUUUUAUUAUAAUUAUUACGAAUUAUGACUUUACUUAAUGGUUGCAUGAAGUGAAGUGUUUUGAUCACUGUGCUCGGUGAAGGCGCUUCUUGACAGUCUCGCAGCCGGAGAAAGUUGCGCAUCGCUUGUUGAAUGCAGGAUACCUUCUGCCUGAGCGUCAAAUCCAAGUUCAGCUUUGGAGCAGCAGCUGGUAAGGAGCGGGGACUCCAGUUUCUCACCUCUCUCGCCGCCGAUAUGAAGUCUGCAGAAGAAGAUGCAUACAGCUACACACCAAAUGUCAGCCUGUCCCUUCCACUGGGUAUGGGCAACCCCUGUCUGGCCACUCAGUACCACACCUUACAGUCCAGCCCAGUCAUCUCAGUGUCUUCCUGUCACCAGACAGGCUACAGUCUCCAUAAUGACAACCAUGCAGCAUCAGGCUACUACCUGCCCCAUGGCUUGAGACCCAACGGCGCUCCGGCCUUGGAAAGCCCUCGUAUUGAGAUCACUGCCUACAGCCAGUACCCCGAGGAUGAGGUAGAAGAGAGCAGCAGUGAGGACCACAUCAUCAAACGAGGCGUUAACUCCAUCGUUACACUGACACUGCCCAAUGCAGACGGCUACCGCGACCCCAGCUGCCUCAGCCCUGCGAGCAGCAUUUCCUCACGCAGCUGUAACUCCGAGGCGUCGUCCUACGAGUCCGGUUUCUACAACUACGACAACUCCCCGCAGAACUCCCCCUGGCAGUCUCCCUGUGUUUCUCCCCGAGGGUCGUCCUCGCUUCUGUCGUGCCCGCAUGCCAGCGGCCCUGCAGGCUCCCCUCACCACUCACCCUCCACCUCCCCACAGAUAGGAGCUGUGGCCGAGGAAGGCUGGCCAGCACAGCCUCGCGGCUCCAGGCCCAACUCCCCGUCCUGCAGUGGAGGUGGCGGAGGCAACGGUGGCAGCAUCGGGAAGAGAAAGUACAGCUUCAAUGGCACCUCCUACCGUCAGACAUCCUGUUCACCCAACCAAUCCCCAACCCCCUCGCCUCAUGGCUCGCCCAGGGUCAGUGUCACAGAUGAGAGCUGGCUCCCCAACACCAACCAGUACACCAACUCUGCAAUUGUGGCUGCCAUCAAUGCUCUAACCACAGAUGGAGUGGUGGACAUGGGGGAGGGAAUCCCAAUCAAGACACGGAAGACCAUGCUGGACCACUCCUCCUCCAUGAGCCUGAAGGUGGAGCCUUGUGGCGAGGACCUGGGUCCUGAUGGGGACCUCUGCCAUGAGGACUACCCCUCCCGCCUGGCCCUCAAGAAGGAGAACUACUGUGGAGGGUUCCUGGAUGUGCCCCAGCAUCCAUACUCCUGGUCUAAACCCAAGCCUUACCUCAGCCCAUCUCUGCCAGCACUGGACUGGCAGCUUCCGUCCUGCUCCGGUCCAUACAACCUGCAGAUUGAGGUGCAGCCAAAGUCCCACCACAGGGCCCAUUAUGAGACCGAGGGCAGCCGAGGAGCCGUGAAGGCGCUGUCUGGAGGACACCCUGUAGUACAGCUUUAUGGCUACAUGGAAAGCGAGCCGCUCACCCUGCAGCUGUUCAUAGGGACCGCAGACGACCGCCUCCUGCGACCACAUGCCUUCUACCAGGUCCACCGCAUCACUGGCAAAACCGUCUCCACCGCCAGCCAUGAAGUCAUGCAAUCCAACACCAAAAUUCUGGAGAUCCCUCUGCUGCCUGAAAACAACAUGAGAGCCAUAAUUGAUUGUGCAGGAAUCCUGAAGCUGCGUAAUUCAGACAUUGAGCUUCGCAAAGGAGAAACGGACAUCGGACGUAAAAACACACGGGUGAGGUUGGUGUUUCGUGUGCACAUCAACCAACCCAAUGGCCGGACAGUGUCCCUGCAGGCUGCUUCCAACCCCAUUGAAUGCUCCCAGCGCUCAGCUCAGGAGCUUCCCUUGGUGGAGAAGCAGAGUGUGGACAGUUUCCCUGCCACUGGAGGCAAAAUGAUGCUUCUCAGUGGUCUCAACUUCCUCCCUGAGUCCAAGGUGGUGUUCGUGGAGAAGGCCCAAGAUGGGCAUCAUCUUUGGGAGACAGAAGCCAAAGUUGACAAGGACUCCGUCAAAUCUAGUACUCUUGUUGUGGAGAUCCCACCAUACAGGAACCAGAGAAUAUCCAGCCCGGUGCAGGUUAACUUCUACGUCUGCAACGGCAAGAGGAAGAGGAGCCAAUACCAGCGCUUCACCUACCUGCCUCCAAAUGUGCCGAUAAUAAAGACAGAACCCAGUGAUGAAUAUGAUUCUCUGGGGACUGUGGGCCUGUCCAUGCAUUCAAAGCCCUACUACAGCCAGCCCAGGCUCACUCCCAUCAUGCCCGUGGCCGAUCCUGAUGCCUGUCUGGUUGGUGGCUACCCUCCCUGCCCGCCUCGCCACGCUGCCAUGCCAUCAUCGUCCCCCAGCUCCAGUCCCACCCUGCAUGACCUGUCCCCUGUGGCAUACAGCAAGUGCCUCCCCAACAGCCCAACCCAUGCGGCACCGCCAGGCCCCGUGGUGCCCCCCAUUCAGGAGACACCUGGCCACCCUAACCUCACUCAUCCGCCGUCGCCAGACCACAACUCUCCCCUAGGGAUGCUCCACUCCCAGGGCAGCCCCAACCACCUCAACAGCCCCGGACCCCAUGGUUACCACCCUAUCUAUGCCAACAGCAGCCCCUCAUCUUCCCCGGUGUCCCAUCCUUCCACUCCUGGAGGGCCUGCAGAGAGCCCGUUUGUUCAGGCGUACAGCCCCGGUCAGGCAGCAGCCGGCUCAGCCCAGGCUGGAGGGAGCUCGCCCAGCCUGCUGCCUGAGGAUGCCAGCCCCCCUUCAAUGGCCAUCACCGUCAAGCAGGAGCCCCAGGAACUGGACCAGAUGUACCUAGAUGAUGUUAAUGAGAUCAUCAGGAACGACCUCUCCAGCAUUUCUGUGCACACUCAUGCAUAGACAUCCAGAAGCCCUCUGCAGCAGCACACACACCCUGAAACAACAGCAACAACAAAAAAGAGGACAUUAAAAAGAAAAAUACUAGAGAUCCAGAUUAUGAAGAAUGAAGUUUUGACCAGGAUCUCCCACCUGAACACCAUCACCAUCAGCUCCUCUUCGCUCAGAGACUCGCUGCAGACUCACAUUGACAAUCACUGGCAAGAAUCAACAGGUGAAUGUUACACUUACGAAAAGAAAAAAGAAAAAAAAAGGGAAAUGAUAUCAGGGGCAAAGUAUACGACUACACUUCGCCUUAUUUCACAGAAGACGUUUCGUGGACCAAACAGCUCAAUGAGACUGAUUUACUCCUCUAUGUUUAACAAAUGACAAUCUUCAUUUGGCGUGAUCUGUAUGUUAAAUGCAUGGACAAGCUAAUGGGACAAUAAGUGUCGAGCUUCAUCACUUGGGUUCAUUUGUUUGUGCAGUCAGUCCGCAACAACCAAAUCGGUGCCUUACAGCAGUGAUACUGACAGCAGACAACAAGCAGCAGCAGCAGCAGCGGUCACACAAAUGCAAACGGUUCAUUGUAACCCAAAGUGGAAGAUUUUAUAUGACAUUUUUGUAUCAUUUCAAUGAUUUGUUUACAGGGAACCAGAAUAAAAAAAAAAUAAAAUAAAAAAAAGGCUGGAAUUCUAUGUAGGGGAGUAUGUGAAUAGAUUAGAAUUGUAUUUUUCUUGCUUCCUUAUUAUUAUCUUUGUUCAUUUAUACUGAAUGUUAUGUAUGAUAUUCUUUUGUAUAAACAUGUAUUUGGAAAUAUGUAUGCCUUAUCCUUAUAUCAUGCAGUUUGCUAUUUAGCUUUCCUUUUUUUCCCAUUUGUCUUUCCCUGAUAUCACUGUGUACCAUUUCUUCUAUCCUGCGUUAUGCUUUUCACCUUAGUGCCUAUUUUUUAAUCACGCUUUUCCCGGUCUUCCAGUCCUCCGCCCAGAUCAUGACAUAAUGAUGCAACGACAAUCAGAGAAAAUAUGAAAUAUAUAGUACAUAUCCUAUGACAGCAGUUCCUGGUUUGCAGGGGCUUAUAAAGGCAGGUAUCAGAGUUUUCUUCUUCUUCUUCCCCAGCUAUGAGAUAGUUGAACAAUGGUAUGCUUACCUGCUGAAUUUAAAUGAGAAUACUCCUGGACAAUUUAUAUAUUUGUCUGUUACUUCUUGCACUGCAGGUUUUGCAUGUAAAUAGGCACAGGGAUUAUCGAAGUACGCCACAGUUUUGCUCAUCAUCUGGGGGAUUUCACUGAGGAGUCGGCAGGACUGUUACUUACAGCUGGCAAUAAUUGAUCUGAGUUAACCAAAGGAUUUUAUCUUUGGUGAAAUUAUUGUCCAAGUUUCCUUUUUCUGUCAGAGACUUUAGCAUAGAGCUGUUUCCCCCCCACCGUACAAAAAAUUAAAAAAAAAAACAUUAUGCACUUUACCGUAGAAACAGAGCAGAUUUUCUUGCCUCCAGACCAAAUAUCGUAGGCUGAUCUCCACUGUUGUGUCACAGACAAACCUUCAUCAACUCUUCCUUCACAUAGCUGCAGUCUUUUCCAUGUGAUCUGUCUUUUGGAGCAUGCACACUGUACUGUCGCUGGGGAUCAUUUAGCUGAUCGUAGCUUCCAGAAUAGCUUCCUUACUCCACUUUUGGACAUAUACUAUAGUAGCAUGACUAAACUGUAUGAAAACAAACAAACAAACAAAAAAAAGGGUUUCUAUUUUGUGCCUUAUCUCUUUCUCGGCUACAAAAUCGUUGCAACUCUGUAAUGCUUUUCAGUGUAGGCACAAGGUGAAAUAUAUUUCUCUUUAAUAUGAAAUAUUUAUGAAAAAUGGAAAUGUGUUUUAAGUGCAUUUAAUGUGUUCUCAAAAAUGAAUUAAUAAAUGGCAUAAUGGUGACCAUGAAUAA